UUCCGUUAGCUUGUCGCUGCUUAGUUGUCGCUCGGCUUUAGCUUGAACUUCAUGUGCUUAACUCCUGACCGCCGAGUCUCUAAAGAUCAUGAGACGGUUUGGGCGGUGGACAGCACGAAGAAAGGAUAUGUGCAGCUGUUUGGAAGUUAACCCGAGUUUUAGAGAAACGGUCGUCAAAACUCGUCGGUUUCUUUCCCACUGAAGACGAAUCUAGCUAGUAAGACCGAGCGAGACUCAACUUCUGCCCGAGCGCCAGCGUAGUCGGAGCGGGGAGACGGCGACGGGGAGGUGGGCGCUCAAAUAACCGUUAAGACAAGCAGUUUUUACGUUUUACAGAGUGGACUGGUUAUUUAUUUUUGCCACAAUGCUCAAGCUUUGCCUUCAGAGAGCUCUCCGACCGGCGGCACAGAAGUUACCGCCGGGACUGAAGCUGGCACCACCACCGGCGGCGGCGGUGCUGGUGGUGGCGCCCAGGCUGCCGGGGAUAGGGCGACACACGCCGAGCUGCUGGAUGGGCACACACGGGAGGAACGAGCCGAGGGAGCCGCUCAACUCCCCCAAGAGAGCCAAGGAGUUUAUUUACCGUCUCCAGCCCAAGGAGAGGGCGUGUUUACUGAAGGAGCUGCAGAGUUUCGAGUCCAUAGCCAUUGCUCAAGAGACCCUGGAGCCCUCGCCGCCGACUGCAGCACAGAUCAGAUACAUUUUGUUGCACAACGCCAUCCCCUUUGUUGGAUUUGGUUUCCUUGAUAAUGCCAUCAUGAUUGCCGCAGGAACACAGAUUGAACUCUCUAUUGGAGUCACUCUGGGGAUUUCCACCAUGGCUGCUGCAGCUCUGGGGAACCUGGUUUCAGAUUUGGCAGGUCUUGGUCUUGCAGGUUAUGUGGAGGCUCUGGCUUCCAAACUGGGGAUGCAGGUUCCAGAUCUGACGCCCAAACAGGUGGACAUGUGGCAGACCAGGCUCAGCUCUCACAUGGGUAAAGCCAUCGGCGUGUCCAUCGGCUGUAUUCUGGGGAUGUUCCCUCUGUUUUUCCUGGACGAUGAGAAGGAGAAAGAAAAAGAAGCACAACCCUGCGGUGAUGCAGCCUCACACUCCUAACGAACCACUACAACAACACAACACCGUCUCACCUACAAACUGGAUACUGCUGAUGUCAACUUAAAAAAAACAUGAAGAAAGUAUUUACCAUUGGAUGAUUCUCUGUCCUGCUCAGGCAGCAUUCACACUCUGUGUUUCUCCAGACCUUUUCAGGCAGUUUGUGAAAAUGUUAUUGGCUGAUGGUUAGUUUCUUUUGAUGCACCAAGCUGUGGUAUUUUCACAGGGUCUGACUCCAUCACCACUCGCCGUCUGUUGAUUCAAUAUGUCAGUUCAGUAAGAGGUCUCAUUAAGAGGAUAACCCGGGGAGAUUUGAGCCUGGGUCUUAUUUUGGUGGAGGAAGUAUUCAGAUUCUUUACAUAAGUAAAAGUACCGCACAGUAACAUAAACAAACAGGUGGAGGCAGCCGUAGAUGAGAAACUCCCAUCUUCUGUGACAUACAAUUACUGUUUUUGUCAGUGGAGACUGGUGGCUCCAAACAAAGUGAUAAAACUGCUGUUUCUGGUUGUCAGACUCUUAUAAUGAGAAUCUGAACCUGUCAGUUGCAAAACCAAGCACUUUGACAGAUCUACUUUGAACACCAUCGAUGUGAGGAAUUGAAACAGACGAUUUGGUUUUCAAUGGGGUUGUGAAUGCUGCCUUAGUAGCUCCCAGGAUGGGAAGUGCUCGCCUGUCCCACUUGACUUCUUUCCAAAUAUCAGCUUCAGCUGCUGAUUCCAACAGGGUAUUAGACGUCUUCUUUUUCCCACAGAGGGAGGAGAAAAUAAAAAAAAAUCCAGCAGCCAAAUUCACCAUCUCUCCAGCCGCCAGUGUAAAAACUUCCAGGUGUGACUGGUGGUUAUUUCCCAUCCUGGCAGUAGAAUCAUAAACAGUAGAUGCUGACCAACUGUUUUGACAGUUGGAACACUAUUUCAUGGUUUCAAGUGUUUUCCUUUCUGUUUUUUUUUUUUUUUUUUAACACAAUUUAUGAAUUAUUUUUGGUUAUUUUUCUCGUCAGCAGACACUUUAUAUACAUUUGAAGACGUCAUCUCCAAAACACUAUCUCUGCAUUUUGGGUCAAAAUUGACAAAUGUUUCAACAGAUAAACUAAAAAGUCACUUCAGUUGUGCAGAAGCCGUUUUGUUCUUUAAACAUCCACAAAAAGAAAUAAGUAACAAACAAAACAAAACAAAACAAAACAAAACAAAACAAUGUAAAUGAAACAAACAGGAACAGUGUCAUCUGCUACCUCCAGAAAUAUUUUCGGUGUUUUGCAUGAAGAACUGAUGUAGCUCUAUAAUCAGACUUUUAAUUUGUGUAUCAGAUGGUUUUAAAUAUGCUGGAAAGUCUCAACAUGUUUUGUAUUGGUUGAUUAACAAAGGAGGAACUUGGUGGCAAAACACAUGAUUUGGAAACUGUAGUUUCUAUUUUCAGUUUUGGUCUUUACACUAAUGUUUGCUUUCCAAGGUCUUUCAGCAUCUCGGUGUUUUUCUGUUUCCACCAUCUUCAUCUUCUUCUUUUCUUUCUUUUUUUUUUUUACUUUUUCACUCCUCUCUCACACAGACACUUGACUUGGAUCCAGCCUUCUGUGUAAUUAGUUUUUUAGCUCUUGUUUCAUCAAACUUGAAGCUCCAGAUGGUCUGGAUUUGCCGCACAGGUUUAUACCAAUGACAAAUCGGCUUAGUUUCUGUUAGUGCGACUUAAACUCUCUUUCUUUCAGUCUUUAUUUCUUUCACUGUCUAUUUUUCUCUUUCUCUGUGCUUCUCUCUCACAUACUCACCUUCCAGCACAUAUACAAGCUGCUUUUUGUAAUUACAGGAAUCCAUUUGAUCCUUUUCCCUCUGUUGAGUCACUGGCUGUGUUCAAAAUCACUCCCACACAGUCACUGUGUUUACUAUGCUCUGCAUUAUAUUUACAUUCUAUCAUUGUAUUUGAGCCUCUGAAUCAAUGAAGUGAAUGUAAAUGAUUAUAAAUGAAGCAGUGUAAAUCACCACAGUCAAACCACCUGAAUCCCAGUGGCCCAGAACUUAAAGUAGUGUUCUUCUAUUACUGUUUGUUCCAAAAACAAGUUCAUCAAUAAGGAGAGAAAAGGAGGCAACAGUUAAUAAUAGUUUACAAUAAUUAAAUCUGACAGUAAAUGUUCUUUAAGCAUUUGUUUCACUAUCAGGAAAGAAAACUGUUCACUCUAAAAUUAGCAUUUAUUUUUUCACAUUUUCACAUUUGCAAGAGAAAUAUAUUUUAUCAUCCCUGAAAUUCUGUAUAAAUGCAUGAGUUAACUGAUGAGUGUCUGUGAUAUAGAAGGGAGUGGAUGAACACAGCCAGUGAAUCACACCUUUUACAUUAAUUCACUUUGUUUUUAGGUGUGUAUGGAGGAAGCACUGAAUUUUUUUCACACCUUGAAAAGUCUAAAAAUUGCCAAAAUAUUGUAAAAAUGGUUGUGUUGUGUGUAGCUUUAAAAUCCUGCUGCUAACAUUGUGAUAUUUGCUCCUGAACAAUAUUUUAAUGAGUGUUUGGACUCAGCAGCAGAAGAUAUUUAAGUUUGUCAUUAGAUUAAUAGUAAAAGCCUCAAGGGAAUCCAGCUUUUUUUCUAUUUUUUUUGUCGGUCUCAUUAGAAGAGAGGUUUGUUGUGGAGGACAAGCAAUAUGCCAUCUGUUUGAAUAAGGAGCAACUAAUUAAAUAACAAUAAGUAAUAUGCUGUCUGACCAUGUUACAGUGGACAACCUGAACUUGUAUGUUUUUGUAUCAUCUCAUGUUAGUAUCAUGUUUGUGUGUUUUUCUAAGAGGGAUGAAGGUUCUCUUCAGGACUGUGGUGUGCACAGGGUUUUUAUUUGUUUUUAUUUCCUCUGCAGUUGAUGAAGACAUGAUGAUGUUUUGCAUCAUUUCAUUCUCUGAAGCAAAAAUAAGAAAAGAGGAGAAAUGUUUUGAAGCGUAUGAACAAAGUGUGUCACCUCUCACAGUCUGUCAGUUAAAGGAAUGCUGUGCUGCCAUCUUGUGGACCACAGCAGCUGUUGUGCACUGAUAACAUGUAUGUACUAUAAAACCAGUGACUUCAAAGGAGUGGUUUCACAGUAUGUAUGUAUUUUGCAACAUUAUGUGCAAUUUAAAAUAAGACAAUAAAUUUGGGAGUAUUUA